AUGCACACUGUGCAACACAAGGUUUUAGUCGGAUUCCGGGAGUUUUCAUGUCCUAAAAAUCAUGAUUCAUUAAAUACAAUUGAAUUUCUAUUAAAUUAUCUUCGAGCAAAAUCUAUUGAUAUUCGACAACAAUUUAAUACAAAAAACUGUGAGCAAUUAACACCAUUCCAACUAGCAACAAAACUGAGUAAUGCAAAUGUUGUUAAAGUAUUGACUUCAAGUGGAUAUUUUGAUGAAAACGAUGAGAACGAGUUAUUGGUAAAAUUAAAUGAAGUUCAUAUCACUGAAAAGCAACUGUGA